CGCRCACACACAUGCGAAUGCGAGCAAUUCUGAAUGAAACACGUCUGAAAAUGAUCUGUGGGCUCGAGCUGACUGACAACAGAAGGAACAGAUCAGCAGAGUUUCCCCCCUUUUGGCUUUACCUGCUGAUUGGGUCCUUUAAACUAAGGACAAGCUUCUUUUGACUUUUCAAUAUUUGGCUCCUGAGUUCUGCCACGACAACUCGAGACAGAUCGAUUUUUUUUCUAUCUUUCUUUUUUUAUUUAUUUUUUUCUUCUUUGGGGGGGAGAUAUCCAAACAUCCUCCAGCUUAUAAAUCCAUUUUUUUCCGCCUGCCUUUUGGCGCUGAUGAGCGCGCAUGUUGGCGUCCUGCUGCAGAGGUUCUGCGAAACUUUCAGGAUGAUAUACCUUGGAUGUUUCCUGCUGCUCUCUGGGCUCACGCACGUCAUGGCAACUUAUCCCAUCUGGUGGUCACUAGCAGUGGGCCACCAGUACUCAUCAAUGGGCACUCAGCCUAUCCUUUGCAGCAGCAUACCCGGUCUGGUACCUAAGCAGCUGCGUUUCUGCCGGAACUACGUGGAGAUCAUGCCCAGCGUGGCUGAGGGGGUGAAGAUCGGCAUCCAGGAGUGCCAGCACCAGUUCAGGGGCCGACGCUGGAACUGCACCACCAUCAAUGACAAUUUGGCCAUCUUUGGGCCGGUGUUGGAUAAAGCCACUCGAGAGUCAGCUUUUGUCCACGCUAUCGCCUCAGCGGGAGUUGCCUUCGCCGUGACCCGUGCUUGUGCUGAUGGUUCAGCCACCAUCUGUGGAUGUGACACGAGGCAUAAGGGCCCCCCUGGUGAGGGCUGGAAGUGGGGUGGCUGCAGCGAGGAUGUCGAAUUUGGAAGCAUGGUGUCCCGGGAAUUUGCAGACGCGAGAGAGAACCGGCCAGAUGCUCGGUCAGCGAUGAACCGCCACAACAACGAGGCGGGAAGAACGUCCCUCAAUGACAACAUGUUUCUGAAGUGCAAAUGCCACGGGCUCUCGGGAAGCUGUGAAGUCAAGACAUGCUGGUGGUCUCAGCCUGACUUUCGAGUUAUAGGCGACUACAUGAAGGAUAAGUACGACAGUGCUUCAGAGAUGGUGGUGGAGAAACACAAGGAGUCUCGAGGCUGGGUGGAGACGCUGAGACCCAAGUACAACUACUUCAAACCCCCCACAGAGCGCGAUCUGGUGUAUUACGAAAGCUCGCCCAAUUUCUGUGAUCCCAAUCCCGAGACUGGUUCCUUUGGUACUCGGGAUCGCAUCUGCAACCUGACAUCCCAUGGCAUAGAUGGUUGUGACCUGCUGUGCUGUGGCCGAGGCCACAACACUCGGACUGAGAAGAGGAAGGAGAAGUGUCACUGUAUCUUCCACUGGUGCUGCUAUGUCAGCUGCCAGGAGUGUGUGAGAGUCUACGACGUGCACACCUGCAAAUAGAGAUGCGGAGAUUCUCAGCCAUUCUCAUCAGAGGUCAUCAGGAAGCGGAGGGACAAAUACAGGUUCUGAACUAUGAGACGUGUAAAUAGUUUGACCUGUCUGUAAACACGCACAGCGUUGUGUUCUAUACCGAGAUGCUACAAGGGGGCGAGAUCAACUGAAACAGUUGAAACAGAUAUCUGAACGCAUCAUUCAUGGACUGUGAUUGACAUUGGUGAUGAUGAGAAGCAACAGAAAGGAGCACUGUUGGCUAAAUGACAAACACCAUAUUGGUGGUAGUUCUUUUGGUUGAGAAUCAAAACAUCACUGCUGAAGGGCUAAARUCUGUGGAGCAAUUGGAAAACAAAAGUGACGUUUACCUGAAAAAUGAACAUUUCUAAUCAUUGCUCAAUUUUGCCAUGAAAGAUUCAGAAGCAACACACACGAUCAGACACUCAACAGCAUGCAUUUGCCUCCUUGAUGUCAUUAGUAUGUCUUUGCCUCUCUGACAACUAACAUGUGCAUUGUGUGAUUGAGUUUUAUAGUGUUACUGAUGUUUGGGUAAGAAUGCACUUGCACCUGAGUGAAUGUAGAUUUUUUUUUUGCUGUAUUGUGUUUACAUCUUCUCACACCUUUAAGCUAACAAGUUAACAUCUCUUUAAAUUAACUUUAUUCAAAAGAAGCCACAAGAACCGCAUAUGCUGAACAACAAAACAUAAAUAUGCAGUCUGUCCAUUUCCCCGAUCGAAUGGAAAUACCUAAAAGUUUAUAAAGAGCAACAAUACAAAACUGAGAUUUAUAACCAAAGAAAAGUAAAGAAAAGAGAGGUGUUUAUAAGUCUGCGAGGUCAGCACUUCAUUUGUGUCUUGUUAAAAAAAAUAUGAAGCCUGUUCUUCUUCUUUUAGACAGUAUUAUCAUGAGACUUGGUGUGGAGAGGAAAAUUGUUACUGAUAAAAAAGGAUUUUUCACUCCACUUCGUUGUUUACUCCAGACACAUAUGUUUACUCUCUACGAGACAUAGGCAUAUAAAGUUGUCACCAAUGCUCUUUUUAAUGCAGUUUUAUUUGCAGUUGCAGUAAAAUGAUGACCAAAACCUGUGUAUGGAAUGACUCUGAGCUGUGGCUUCCUCUUUCCCCAAACUAAACAAUGAGCAGCAUCGCUGAAGCUACUAUUACUUCCCUUAUUUAAAUGCUGCUAAAAUAUUUGUGUAUGUGUUUAGGUCCUGACAUAGAGUACGUCUUUGUUUGUAUAAGUAAAUUUUUUGCAUGUGUUGAUUCUUUCUGUGAAAGACAUGUAGUUUGAUGAAAAUGUGAAGUCUGACAAAUUAUUGCAAAAGUAACUCAUUUAACCAAAUAGAAAAAUAGAGAUUUAUGUUUUUUGUAUGUUCGGAUGUUUGUUUGUUWUUUUUUUUUUAAAUAUGAGUUUGUUGUUAUGCUAUACUGAGACAAUACAGUGACCUGGAUGGCCAAAACACAGCAAGACUGGACAAUUUUUUUACAAAUAAAGAUAAUAAUUAAAAAAAACUUGUCAAAAAUUUGGAUUUUAUGAGUGGAAUUUUUUCUUAACAAAACAAAGAAGUUUGGAGGUUUGUGUUUUAUAACAUUUGAUUUAUUUUUGUUAUAGUUUUUU